AUGUCGACCUCGGCCAGCUCCACGCUGGAGCGACAGAACGAUGACGUGCUAGAAAACCUGCUGGGCAAGGUCAAGAGCUUGCGAGGCGUGACGAACGAUAUCUACGAUGAUGCAGAGUCGCAACGAGGCAUGCUAGACAACACUUCCAACCUCUUCGACAACUUCUCGGCCCGCCUGGCGAACUCGUCGUCACGCCUCACGCACACUGUCGUCCAGGGAGCAAGGCAUCAUCGUCUCACCCUCUACAUCGUUGCAGGAUUCGUCACCCUCUUCUUCGUCUAUCGAUGGUUCUUUUGA